AUGGCGGAAUUCGUGCGGGCUCAGAUCUUUGGCACGACCUUCGAGAUCACGAGCAGAUAUACCGACCUGCAGCCGGUCGGUAUGGGAGCCUUCGGGCUCGUCUGUUCGGCGAAGGAUCAGCUCACAUCGCAAGCGGUGGCCGUCAAGAAGAUUAUGAAGCCUUUCAGCACGCCGGUCCUCUCGAAGCGCACGUAUCGCGAACUCAAGCUGCUGAAGCAUCUCAAGCACGAGAACGUCAUUAGCUUGAGCGACAUCUUCAUCUCGCCCCUGGAGGACAUGUAUGUUGUGACCGAGCUGCUCGGGACCGAUCUACACCGACUUCUCACCUCGCGACCUCUUGAGAAACAGUUCAUCCAGUACUUCCUCUACCAGAUCCUGCGCGGCCUCAAAUACGUCCACUCUGCCGGUGUCGUCCACCGAGACCUCAAGCCCUCGAACAUCCUCGUCAACGAAAACUGCGACUUGAAGAUCUGCGACUUCGGCCUCGCCCGUAUACAAGACCCACAGAUGACCGGCUACGUCUCCACGCGAUACUACAGGGCUCCCGAGAUUAUGCUCACAUGGCAAAAGUACGACGUGGAGGUGGACAUAUGGAGCGCGGGAUGUAUCUUCGCGGAGAUGCUCGAGGGCAAGCCACUUUUCCCGGGCAAGGACCACGUCAACCAGUUCUCGAUCAUCACCGAGUUGCUCGGCACUCCGCCAGAUGAUGUUAUCUCCACCAUUUGCAGCGAGAACACCCUGCGAUUCGUGCAGUCCCUUCCCAAGCGCGAGCGGCAGCCGUUGAAGAACAAGUUCAAGAACGCCGACCCGCAAGCCAUCGAGCUCCUCGAGCGAAUGCUUGUCUUCGACCCGCGGAAACGUGUCAAGGCUGGCGAAGCGCUGGCCGACCCGUACCUCUCGCCUUACCACGAUCCGACUGACGAGCCAGAGGCCGAGGAGAAGUUCGACUGGUCGUUCAAUGACGCAGACCUGCCAGUCGACACAUGGAAGAUCAUGAUGUACUCCGAGAUCCUCGACUACCACAACGUCGACUCGAACGCAAACGAAAUGGCUGAGAACGGGGAUCCCAUUGUCGCAUGA